AUGGACGAUUUAUCAUUAAUACUCGCACUUGAGCUUCAGCGUCAGGAUCUUGAGGCAUUGGGGGAGUCAUUGAAUGGGAAGCAACGAGCAGGCGAAAAAACUGAUUUGGAUAUUGCUCUUGAAGCUUAUCACAAUGAGCUUGAGGCAGUGGCCAUCCAGGCCUUCGACCAUACAAUGGCUCUCAGUAUCGCACGAGCUGUACGUUCGGAUGCUCCCAUCAUUGCAGAGGCGCAAGAGGCAGAGGAGCAAGUUGAGCGAGAUCAUCAAUUUGCCAUGAGUCUCUCAGGAGACGGACAAGUGCCGCAACACACGUCUGAGAGUUUAGGUAAAGUUCUGGACGAUGAUUUGAUGGAGUACCUUGCGGCGUUGAAUGGAAGAACUGUACUUGCCCCCAAUGGGACGAGGGACAUUUGGUACAGAGGGCUAAUGAUAUUGUCGACCGCAACGCGGGCCACCACCACAUCGACGACGAAGAACGACAUCGGCGUGUGGAGCUAG